ACACAACUUAAUUUGACCUUAAUGAUGUCACUAACUGAUGCCGUAAACAACAACAAGAACAAGAAGUUAAAAAAAUAAAAAAAGAACUUCGUAAUAUAAAUUUAUUUAUUAUAUUAAUUAAUGCACAAUGGUAUCUAACUAUUUAGUUGGAAUAAUUGUCACAUUCAAAAGAUGAAUGUAAUUUGAAUUAAAGUUAAUUCAAAAAUUAGGUGAGGUUUACGAAGUUUGUGUUUAUGUAAUAUAAGGGGGAAAGUUCUACACUAAUUUUUUCAACCACGUGGAAAAGUUCUUUACUUCCUCUGUUCAAUAAAUUAAUAAAAUAAAAUGAAUAGAUUUACUUGUUCGUCAAAGAAUUAUUGAAAUAGAUAUUGUGAAGUACUUGUAACCAGUUGUAAUUAUCAGUUUCGUUACACAUGAAUGCAUCAACAUGCUUGCAAUCAACAAACCAAAGGUAUGAAAAUGGGAAAUGUCGGCAAUGAACCUCGUUUGUCAGACCUCCUAUUUAGCAUUGACAUGGAGCGUCAACAUGAUGAAGUUUCUGCCUUGCUGGAUAAUCUUCCACCAGAUGAAUUAGAAUCUUCACUCUCAAAUAUAGAUCUUAACCUAUUUUUAGGAGAUGGUGCUGACCUUCCUGUUGAUUUUCUGGCAGAAGAUGUCGCUAAUUUAUCAUCAUGCGACUCAGAUGAAUUCAAGAAUUUUUUUAACGAGAAAAGGACUGUUAAAGCAGAACCAGUUUCACCUGAGAAAAAUAUUUUGAAUAGAAAGGCUAAGAAAGGAUUUGUAAAUAAAAAGAACUGUGUUAUGAAAAAUGAAAUUUUAGAAGAGGAAAGAAAAGAAGAGAUCUACAGUGGAAUUUCUCCUGGAAUAAAUGUAAAAGUCGAGGAUAGAAUAAAAUGUGAGAUUUUGUCAGAUCAACAGAACGAUGAGGGCACCAUCACACAUAAGAAGAAAGGCAGAAAACGAAAAAACUCAGACUAUAGCAAGAAAAAGAAAAAGUCAAAGCUUAGUAAGAAUUUUAAACUUGUUAUUAAAUAUAAAGACAAUCCAAGUGAAGAACCAAAAGCACUUGUCGUAUCAGCUUCAAUUAACUCAACAUCUACUGAUAAUUCUCCGGCAUAUAGUGACAGCAUGUAUUCUCCUUCUCAACCUUUUGACUUUUCUUUUGCAGACAUUCCUGAUUCGUUUUCAACCUCCAUUGCCGAAAAAGUGAAAACUCGCACACGGAACAGGACCAGUUCCUCUGAACCUGUUGUACAUAAUUUUAUAGACAAAAAACCUGUAAAUGAAACUGUUGUAAAAAAAAUUAAGAAGAGUCCUGCUGAAGAAAGUACACCGUUAAGAAAAAACAGUCCUUGCCUAUCUCCAAAGAGUGUCUCUUAUCAUAUAAAUAAAACCAAGGAAGCAAUUCAGAAGAAGUUGUGGGCCAUAAAGAAUUUGACUGAAAAAAACAAUAGUGCAAAGCAAGUUAACAAUGUGCCAAGUUUAUCUUUGAUACCUUGUAAUGAUGUACUUGGUAUUACUGAUAAUUUCAUCAGUAAAAGUAAAAGGACAGUGAUAAAUAAUAAUGUGAUAGCAUCCAAAAUUAAAAAUUUUCAUGAUUAUUCAAAAAGUAUCCCUGUAAAUAACAUAGUGGUUAAACCAGAAAAAGAACUGAAUCAUAGUAAUCUUCAACUGGUUUCGAAUGAAUGUAAACCAGUCACUCUUAGAAGUGAUACAAAUCAUGAAAUGAAUCUACUUUUUGAAGCCACAACAAAGCUCCGAGCCCGAAAAACUUCAGGCGAGUAUGUAGAUAUCAUAUCAAGUACACAAGAAUUCAGUGAUGUGCCUGUGUCUAUGGCUGAAGUAGAAAUUGCUUCAUUUGAAGAUGUAUCAUCAGAUAUUCCCUCUGGCAACAAAUCUCCCUAUAGUUUAAGGAACUCACAUAUCUCUGAUUCUUCACCAAAGAAACCUGUUGUGCUACUUACUCCUAUUAGCAGCAAAAGACUUCUCAACUCAGAGAAUAUGAGGAAUCGUCAUUGCAGUACGGAGAGUGAGAAUUCAUCACAUGGUUAUCACAGUGCUGAUUCUCUGUCACCCGCACAAACAGCAAACUUGUUUCGAACAAGAAGAUCUGGCUUGAAAUCAAAUUUUGAGACCAAUCCUCAAUCAGAUUUAAUGUGCAAUUCUAAAGUAAACUCCCUCCAUGAUAAAUUUGAUUGUGAUGUAUCUAUGGAUGGUAAUUAUGAUCAUUUUCAAUCUCCGCAAGCUAAAACAAGGCGAAUAUCUAGAUUAUCAGAAUCACCAAAAAAGGAGGUUUAUCCCAGUAAUACUUUAUUUACCUUGCGCCCCAGUACACGAAGCCAGACAAAAAGUCCUGAAAGACCCAUCCAACUGACAAAACUCAAAAGAGAAUCAAGGUAUAGAAAUUCAGUUUGUACUUGGUUAUAAGCAGACUAUUUCAAGUUGACCUGGUGCCAUAUUUCAGACUGAUAUUGGUUUGAUAGCAAUAUCGUGAAAUCUGGUGUUACAAACUCUGUGCUCCCCACCUUGCAAUGUAUCUCAUGUGAUAUAACAUCUCUUAAAUAUGUUGCACUAGCAACAAAUUUAAUUAUAAAUUCUUAUUCAGAUAUAUAUAUAAGUGCUUAUGUUAUAAUCUGUCUUCUUUAUUUUUUAACAUUUAUUCAUGCUGCUAGGAAAGACUUUUGCUCUUUAAACCAUGUACAGACAAACCCCACUAUAGUGAACUGUCUGCGAACCCAGCGAUAUGUCCACUAUAAAUGUUGAUUCACUGUAUCCAAGUUUUUUAAUUUUUUUUAUUUAUUUAUGAUAGUUGAAUUAUUGAACUUAGGGAUUGUGAUUUUACAUAAUUUGUUUAAAUACUAUUAACGAAUUUAAUAGAUAAUUAAUCGAAUUUUAAAGAGAAAAAUACUCACCAUGCUGAAAAUUGGUUUUAAUUUUACAUUUUAUGAAAGACAUGAGUGAUUUUUGAUUGAACACAAUUUGAGUCUAAGUAGACUUCAUCAAUUUUCUUAUCUACAAUAUGUAAAGGAUUUUUUGAUCCACAUUUUUUGUAGAAAUAUUCAGGACUUCAUUUUAUUUCAUUUAGGAAUGAUGCUGAAAUCUCAUUUUCUUCUAACGAGUCUUCUUCCUUAGCUUUGUUCUUUAAUUUUAUUUGGGAGAGAAUGUAAUCAUCGGUAAGGGGUACCAGAAUGGAACACUUGAUCGUCACUUUAUUUAAAUUGUUCUAUAAGAUCGCUAGGAAAAAUGUCUAUUUCUUGUUUUUCUAGCCAAAGAGUGAUAGGUAAAUUGUCCUCUUUUUAAAAAAAAUCCUUUUAAAGACCUGUGUGUAGAAAACCAUUGCGGACUGUUGUUGCUAUUCCUUGCCUCCAUAAUUUUUCUAACAAAAAGAUAGCAUCUGGAAGAGAGAUGCAUUUCGUGUCCGUGUUAUUUUAUUUGUAGUUUUCUAAAACACGCAUCACUAGUUGUCUCCUAUAGUCGGACUUCAGGCUGCAAAUAAAACCCUGGUCCAUGGGUUGAAACACAGAAGUCUUAUUUGGAGAUGGAAAUACGAGCUUAAUGCACUUUAGAUUUUCUGAAUGGGGGUGAGCUGUGUACACCUGCAAGUUUAAAGUUGGAGAACUGAAUAAAAAUUUCGGAAAUGUAAUUCGAGUGCACUAUAGCCGAACUACCAAUUUCUCAACUCUAACAUUGUCCGAAUAUGAGUUCGGAGAGGACCUCUAAAUAAGUUCUAUAACCGUGUGUUCACUAUAUCCCAGGUUCACUAUAGCGGCGUUCGACUGUAUUUUAAAGUGUUGAGUGAAUCUCAGAUCCAUGAUUAAAUCAUGUUAAAUAAAUUGAAUUUACAACUGAUAUAUUGGACUGUGAAGACUCAGCGGUUAAGGCCCUGAGUCGCCUUUGUUAGAUUGGGAUCCAAUCCCCAAAAGUGGCUCGAAAUAUGCUUAGCUUCAGAUCAAUGGGUACCAGCUUGUUAGGGAAGGUGACUUGACCACAUUGGCACAAUCAUGCUAUUGUUCAUGAAAGUCUGUGUACCCUUAUGGGCUGCAGUGGGGAUUGUUUUGCUGCUUUACCUUCAAACAAAUAUGCUACUAAUCUUUUAUUCUAGAGGCUCUUCCACUGGAAAUUGGAUGCCUAAUGAGGUUUAUUAAUCCAUGUUUUAAAGAAAGGAUUAUAAUAAGUAAGCGAGGGUAGUGUAAGGAAGUUAAUGAUCUUGAUAGGUAUCAGUUUCUCUGAAAAGGCAGUUCGAUCACAUUGCUUUUCUCAAUCAUGCUAUUUGUCGCAAAAUCAGGAAACCUUAACUUCCACAACUUUGCUUGACCCACAAUGGGCUGUGCCACACGGGGAAUGCUUUGCUUUAUUUUCUAACGAGUAUAUUACUAUCAAUGCCAUCUCGUAAUUUAAAGUUCAGUUCCUAAUGAAAUUUAUUUAUUCAUGGUUUAAAGCAAGAAUCAUAAAUGAGUACUGGUUGCGCAAAGGGAGGAAGUUUUAAAUCUUGAAACGUGGAUCUUUAUUUUCUGCUUUAUUUCAUUGAGAUGAAUAAUUUAUAGUAACUGGACUAAAAACAAUAUCUUCCCAUUAUAAUAUGCACUCAAAUAAAUAAAUAGCUGAAGACAAAUAUGUGAAUAUUUUACAUUUUUUACUCAAUCUAAGCUAGCUUGGGUUAGCAAAACUUGUCCUAAAUAUGAAUAAUUGUUUUAGGCACUGUUGCUACCAUCUAGCAUAAUUUGCCAAACUGUUGAAAAAAUUCUCUCUAUAUCAAAUUUUUUAAAAAAAACUUUUGCAUUAGUUCAUCAUUUGAUUUAGUUAUUUGUCUAAUACUCUGAUAUGAAAUCAUGGAUUUAACUUUAUUUAGUAGCAAAGUAAAGCUAGCAGCAGCAAAAAAAAAUAAAUUGUUUAAUUGUAAUGUUUAAGUAUUGUGUUUUAUUUAAGACAAUUUUUAAAAAUGUCUUAUCUCUAUAUAACAGUUUUAUUUGUGUCUGUAUUGUAUCCUCUUUUAAAAAAGUUGAUAGUGUAGGUCAAAUACUAGCUAUCAAAAGUUAUUUAUUUAAUUGAUUACUCUGAGAAAAAGGAUAAUGCCUGUAUUUGAAACAUUGGGCGAAGAGAAUAUUUAAAGUAAAAUAUGAAAAAUAAUUAAAAACUUGUCAUCAUAUAGUUUUAGAAAAUUAGAGGUAUAAUUUUUUGAUCAAAUUAUAUUUUUAUAACGGACAGAAAUUAAAAACCAGACUUGUUUAUUUAUGAAAAACAACACAGUGGCAGCUUUUUCUAAUAAAGCAUAAUUAUUUACUCCCAUUCAAAGGAAAUAUGCUUCAAUUUAAAUGUAUAUAUUUAUAUAUAUAAAAAAAAACUUAGAAGGUUAUAAAAAGUAUGAAAUUUAAAAUAAAAAUGUUAUAAUUGCAAAAAAGCAUCAACUCUUUUUAAAAUUAAUUCCGAUUUGAGUUUUUGUUUUCUCUUUUCACUUAUUCUUUUUUGAAUAAUAAUUUUUUUUAGAAAAUGCUAGACUUGUUUUAUGCAUAGAAAAGACUGUUUUUUCCCUAAAAUCACACCUCAUUAAAACUCAGGGAAAAUUUGAAAAGAUAUAUAUUAUAUUUAAGUGGUAUUAGCUUUUAGUUAGCAUAAAACACAUUGUUUGCAUUUACAUGGGUUAUGCAAUGUACUCAGUACUGUAAAAUUUUUUAAAAAAAUGAUACAUUAUUUGAGUAUGAAUCUUUUUUUAAAAAUUAUUUAUCAUUAGUAUUUAAUUAUUUACUUAUAUGUCUAUGAAAUCUACUUUACAACUUAUUUAGGCUCUAGCUUUUUAUUUUAAAUGUAUUGAUUUUUUAAAGAUAUUAAAAAAAUGCACAAAAUAAAUUUUGUUUAAUAGGUUUUUUAAAAGUUGUACAUAUGGGAUAUUUAGUUGAGAUUUAAUUCUGAAGUUAAUUGUCCAUCAAUAUUAUGCAUUAUUAUAGACACAGGAACUGGUAUAGAUUUUUUCUCACUUGGGAAUUUGAUUUUUUUGGUAGAACAGUGGUAUUUGGGAAAUCAUAGCAUCGCUUUUAAGCACGGGAAGCGUACUCAUAUAUAGAUCGUUUCCUGUAUAACUUGAUUGAAUUACACGUUACAAAUUAGAUGCAUGAUGAGAAGUUCUUUACUUCUUGUCCUGCAUGUUUUUUUCUUUAAAUUUUGAAAACAAUUUGACAAUCCAUUUAAAAUGUUCAUUAGUGUCUGUUGUAUCUUAACCUUUUAACUGUUUAGUUACUUGGUUAAAAAUUUUCUGCCAUAAAAGUUUUGACAUAAUUGUAUCAAAUUUCUCAUUAAAAAAUUUAGCUUGCUUUAUUUUCAUGUCUAACAUCUUGUGUGUUCCUAUGUAAUCCAUAGCUUAAUUUGUUGCAAAAUGUUUGUUUUGUAUUAACUUGUAUGGUUUUUUUGUGGUUGCUGCUUAUUAUUGUUAAAUUAUCUGGUUAUGUUAGUUGAAAAUAAAUAAGCUAGCUAAUUUACUUCAUUCUUUUACUCUAAUACAGUCUUCACAUUACUUUUUCAAGCAAACUUACUCAUAUAUUUAACAUUUGUGUUGGAUAAUAUACAUACACAUUUUUGUGUUCAAUAUCACAUUUAAUAUCUUAAAAUUAAUCAAAAAUAAUCUUUUAACAAUCUUAUUGAUUAAUAAGUAAUAUAAAAUUUAUGCCAUUUUUAUUUCAAUAUGUAUUCCAUUUAUCUCUGUAGUUUCACAGUAUCUUUCUAACUUGAUUUUAUAGACAAAAAUUAAUAGCGUAAAGAGAAUGUGGUUUUAAGAGGAAUGCACUGUUUAUCAUAUUUUAAAAUAUAUCUUUCUGUAAGAACCAUCACUAUAAAACUUCUAUGUUUUACUCAAUAUGCAAAUCAUUAUUUUUAUUAUUAUUAUUAUUAUUCCUACUUCCUACUACUAUUAUGUUAAACUAUUACUAUUUCUCUUAUUUAUAGCUAUUUUAUGUUUUAUUGCUAAAUGUUCUUUAUAUCAUUAAGUGCUUGCUCUUUUUUAAAUGGCGAAGAAAAUGGCGCUGUGCCUGAAGUUGUUAAUUAAAAGUCGCACAUGAGUUAUAUUGAAUUUAAAAAUUAGGGCUUAUUAUUUUAAAUCACUUUGUAGCACCAAUUUUUGAGCAAAUUUAAUUUUAGGAAGUUGUCAUAUUUAAGAAAGAUCUAAUUAAGUUAAUGAAUAUUACUGUUAGUUUGAUAGCAAAACUUUGAAAUUCUUAUUUAAAGAAAAAGUUGGAGCUAUAAACGAGAAAUGAUUUGUUGAAGUAAAAGUUUUAAUAAGUAACUGAAUGAUGUUGGAGUGAUGCAUUGAUUCAGUAUCAUUUGCUAAACUGAAUGAAAAAGUUGAAGUUUUUUGUUUUAAUUAACUUUAGUUUGCCUUAGCUUUAAUACUUUGCAUCCAAUCUAUUCGAUUUUAGAUUCUUUAUUUCUUUAUUUUAUAAAUUGUUCCAUUCGUAUUAUUUCAUACUUUGAUUCUUUCAUUCUUGCAUUUAAGUUUUUUUUCUUUCUUAGAAAUUAAAAGUUGUCGAUUCCAUUUCUAAAACCAUUUUAAAGUUUCUAAUCAUAAUUAUUUUUGAGCCAUGUAUUUCGUUACAUAUUUUCAAGUUCUUUAUGAUCAAUGCUACUUUCUUUGUAAUAAGAUAUGUAUAUGCUAUAUAAUUGAUCACUUUUGUAUUAAGUGUACGGACCAAAAAAUCCUUUAAUGCAAUUUUUAGAUAAGUUGCAUUUGCUUAAACUAGUUAAAUUAUCUUUCUCUGUUUCUUUUUCUUUUUUCUUUUUUUUUGCUCUUUUUUUUCUGUUACAAAUUUUAGUAUAUUUUUUCAUAAUUUCCAAAAUUUUGAUCGUAUUCUUUGUAAUUUUUGGACUAAUUUUACAUAUGCUAAAGCAAAUUUUAAGGCUACUCUAUUAAAUUAUAGUUUUAUGAUAUAAAAUUAUCUAAGAGGUAAUUUACUUAAAACGUAUGUCUGUUUGAAAUUGCGUAACUUUAAUCCAUGUUAAAAUGUUGUAUUAAAAUGUAUUAUUCUAUCUUUGGAAUGUUUGUUAAAUGUUUAAAUGGAAGUAAUUUUUUUGAAAACAGAAAAAUUAACUUAAAAAGUUAAUUUUCACCUUUACAUUUUAAUUAUUAAAAUCGUGGCAAUGUGUUGUUGUGAUUAUUACUUGUACCCUGGAAUUAUUAACAUCACAAUGUGAUUCUUAUAAUGUAAAUUAAAGAUUUUAUUAAAAAAAUA